GUUAGAAAUGUCAUUUAGAAAAAACAAUUAAGUAGAAUUGAAUCAAAACAACUAGUGUUUAUAAGUCAGUAUGAUGCAUUAUGGGUGGACUUAAUUAAUAAAAUAUAAAAGGUUGUACGAGAAAAAUUAGGAAUAUUUGAAAAUGUCAUCCUUAAUUAACUUAUCUGCAACGUCAUCCAAAAACAUGGAACCGCAUCAACGCAUCCGGGCAUUAUCUAAUUAUGGAAUUGUUGGUAUUGAUCCGAACAUUCCUAUUAAGAGAUAUUAUCGAUCUGGAACAGAAAUGGUUAGAAUGGCUCAUGUUUAUUUGCAAGAGGGGAAUCAUGAAAAUGCGUAUAUUUUGUAUAUCAAGUUUAUGACGCUGUUUUUAGAAAAAAUCAAAUCCCACCCUGAAUAUAAAACAUUAUCUAGCACGGUUAAACAACCAAUUAAAACAAAAUUAAAAGAAGUUAUGCCUGUCACUGAAGAGCUCAAAGUUAAAUUAUUGAAUCGUUACGAGAAAGAAUAUACACAAUAUUUAGCCGAUAAAAAAGACGAGGCCAAGCAAAAAGAAAGAGAGGAGGCUGCCAAAAGAGAUAAUAUGAAAAAUAAUGUAGUAAAUUUGGAUAAUUUAAGAAUAGAAAGCGAUCCUAAUGUUCAACCUAGUGCUCCAGAUUUAAGUCUCUUAGACCAAGUUGUUUAUCCAAAUGAUUUUCCCAGUGGGCCAAAUAGGAGAUCAGAAGGCUUACUACUUCCCGAUUCAGUGCCUGAAAAAAAACCUUCACCGCAAAGGCCAACGUUUGAUAGAAGUACUAAACCACAUCGAUCGGAAUCUUUAAUCGAAGGGUCUUUGAGAACGGUUGUUGUUCCAAACAAUACUAUGUCGGUUUUUCUAGAAUUGGCAAGGAAGAAUACAUUGAACAAUAUUGAAACCUGUGGAAUUUUAGCAGGAAAACUAGCUUAUCAUCGUUUACUAAUAACACAUAUAAUAAUACCAAAGCAAUCUGGGACUUCAGAUAGUUGUACAACAACAAAUGAAGAAGAGAUUUUUGAUAUUCAAGAUCAGAAAAAUCUAAUUACUUUAGGAUGGAUCCAUACGCAUCCAAGUCAAACUGCCUUUUUGUCUUCGGUAGAUUUACACACGCAUUGUUCGUACCAAAUGAUGAUGCCAGAGGCAAUAGCUAUAGUUUGUGCACCAAAAUAUCAAUCAUCCGGAUUUUUUAUGCUAACCCCAAAUUAUGGAUUGGAUUACAUUGGAAAUUGUCGACAAAGUGGAUUUCAUCCACAUCCAAACGACCCAGCUUUAUUUAUGGAAGCGCAACAUGUGUUACUAGAUGAUAAAUGCCGGAUCGAAGUUGUGGAUCUAAGAUGAUAACUUUUACAACAAUUAAGCAAUCAGUGAUUUUCAAAGAAAAUUAAAGAAAAAUUAUUACAUAUUUCAAAUUUAUCUACUUAUAUAUACAAUGUCGUUAAAGAUUAACGCGCUUUUUUUGUUUUGCGAUGAACACUUUUAAUCUGUAAAAAACAGAAACCUUAAGCCACUAUGCACUGAAGAUGAAGAAGAAACUGCAUGUAAAUUAGUUAACCAACAUUAUUAUCGUGCUGAAAUUGCUGUUAAAUAUUUGCUUUUGAAGGCUUUAAUGCUUAAAUAAUUUUUUGGUGAAUAUUUUAAAUUCCACAUGGUAAUUUUGGGAAAACAGCAGUCUUCAUAAAUAAUGAAAUUAGUGUUAAUUGUGUUUAUUUUUUUCAAUAAAUUUGUAUUUAUUGUUUU